UCUAUGCUGGAUAUCCUUUUCGCGGCGUUGGUGUGUGGUGUGACCGAAAAAGGGAACCACGCGCGCGGGGAGAGAGAGACAAGAAGAAGAAGGAGGAGGAUCAGGAGAGGUCCAGCGCUGACGUCAAUGUCAGAUCGAUCUUUCUCUUCAACGCUUCUUCUUCUUGCUUUGCCUUUCCUUCCUUAGGGAAGAAGGAAGUCGUCGAGCAAAUCUGGAAGCACUGAGAGAGAGAGAGAGAGAUAGAGAGAGGGUUCAGUAAGGGGGUUUGGUUGUGUUCGGGAAGAUCGUGGAGCAAUGAGGGCGUGGUACGGGGUUGCCAAAUCCGCGCAGGCCGUGGCCGCACAUGGCAUGCUGCUUGCUUUCACCAUCCUUCUCGUAAUGAAGCUCGACGAUUCCCGCGCCUACUCCUGGUGGUUCGUUUUUACUCCGUUAUGGUUAUUCCACUCGGUUGUUGCUCGAGGAAGGUUCUCCUUACCUGCUCCAUCACCACCACGUAACCGUCAUUGGGCCCCUUGCCAUGCUAUUGUUGCCACUCCACUGAUUGUGUCAUUUGAGCUGCUGCUUUGUGUUUUCCUUGAGAGCUUGUGGGCUCGGGGCUUUCCAGCAGUGAACUUGAAGAUUGUCUUUCUUCCUUUGCUAGUAUUUGAAGUGAUUAUUCUGAUUGACAACUUCAGGAUGUGUAUGGCUUUGCUGCCAGGUGAUGAAGAAAGCAUAAAUAAUGAAGUUAUACAGGAGAUGCUUCCACAUUUUUGGGUUGCAAUGUCGAUGGUGUUCUUUGUUGUGGCAACAAUAUUUAUGCUCCUGAAGCUAUCUGGUGACCUUGGUGCUUUGAGUUGGUGGGACCUACUUAUCAGUUUUGGAAUUGCAGAGUUAUUUGCAUUUUUGGUUUGCACAAAGUGGUCCAACCCAGCUAUUUACCAGCAAAAUUAUUGUACGGGGCCAAGUUCAUCUUCUCAAACCACUCGACAACUUGAUUGGACUAGUGGUCUCGUGGUCUCAUCUGAAGAGGAUGAAAAUGAGCAUCAUAUGUGUGGCACACAGGAUAUUGGAGGCCACGUUAUGAAGAUUCCGUUAAUUGCAUUUGAGGUUUUCCUUUGCAUGCACUUAGAGGGCACACCACAAAGUGCUAGGAACAUCCCACUCGCAGCAAUCUUCCUCCCACUUUUCCUUCUUCAAGGUGUUGGGGUUUUGUUUGCGGUGUCAAAGUUGGUGGAAAAAGUUAUUCUUUUGCUUAGUAGCAGAAGUAAUUCGGGGAGAUGUUUUUCCAUUUGUUCAAGAGCUCAUGAUUGUUUUGCAUUCUUACAUCAUGGUUCAAGACUUCUGGGGUGGUGGUCCAUUGAUGAAAGCAGUAGAGAGGAACACGCUAGACCUCUUCAUUCAGCAUGUUCUGGGUACAGCACUUUCUCUGAUUAUCCACCUGAGGUGGUGAAAAAAAUGCCCAAAAGGGAUCUCGCUGAAGAGGUCUGGAGGUUACAAGCAGCAUUAGGGGAGCAAGCUGAAAUCACAAAAUAUAGCCAAAGGGAAUAUGUGAGGCUGCAAAAUGAGAAGGUUCUUUGUAGGAUUUGUUUUGAGGCUGAAAUUGGUGUUGUCCUGCUGCCUUGCAGGCACCGCAUCCUGUGCAGUACUUGUUGCAAGAAGUGCAAAUAUUGUCCAAUCUGUCGAGUUUCCAUUGAGGAGCGCAUGCCUGUAUAUGACGUGUAGACUAACCAUACGUGCUAGACAACACAAGAACGACUUGCUCAGAAGCUGUGUGAAUGGUACUUAAUGCGCAGUAUAGGAGAUUAUCAUUCUAAACCAGUACUCCACAACACUUCUGGCCGUUCUUGCUCUGACUUAGUUUGAAGGAUGAAGCAUUAGAUGCCGUGUCAGAAGUUUAAGUGUAAAGAAAUGCCAGUGUAAAUAUUUUACGGUUGGAAACUUUUGUUGCUUAUUGUAAAAUAUGCUAGUAAUGCCAUUUAUUGGUUUUCCGAUC